AUGACUGCUAAAAGGCAGGCCGACGUCGUCACUUGUCCCGUCUGUGAGCGCAGCGUCCCAGCCCCGGAGAUCAACCUCCACCUCGACCUGCGGUGUCCCGGUCCUGCGGCUGGCCCAUCCUCGCCACUACCGGCGGGUGGUUCGCAACGCUCACUGGUGGACAUGACGCAAGCUGAGACACCGCCAGCUCGAGCCCCGGCGCCUAUGUUUCAGUCGCGAUCGGCGUCUCAGAGCAACGGUAAGGCUGGCGCCAAACGCGCGCCGCUGUCCGAGCUUCCACGGGAGGAUAAGAAGCCGCGCAUCAACGCGCUCAAGGCCGCCCAGCCACUCGCAGAACGCUCGCGGCCGACAACGCUAUCGGAAUACGUCGGGCAGGGAGAUCUCGUGGGCCCAGGUAGCCUGUUGCGGGCGCGCAUUGAGGCGGGUGACGGCGUGGGAAGCUGUAUCCUGUGGGGUCCACCAGGUAGCGGCAAGACGACUCUGGCGCGACUCAUUGCUCGCAACGCAAACGCAGACUUCAAAGAGCUGUCGGCAACCAGCUCGGGUACAGCGGAUGUGCGUCAGGUGUUUGAACAGGCCAAGAACGGCCUGUCCUUGACCGGCCGGAAGACGAUUAUGAUGGUUGACGAGAUCCAUCGCUUCACGCGCCCACAACAGGACCUGUUCCUCCCCUACGUCGAGAACGGGUGGGUGCAGCUGAUCGGCGCGACGACCGAGAACCCAUCGUUCAAGGUGAACGGCGCGUUGCUCUCACGGUGCCAAGUAUUCACGCUGGCCAAACACACAGUCGAGGACCUGGAGAAGAUCCUCACCAACGCGCUAAAAGGCGUAUCUGACCCACCGCGGCUGCCCAACCCGCUGAUUUCCUUCCUGGCGGAAGUAGCGGACGGCGACGCAAGGCAGGCCCUCAACGGCUUCGAACUGGCGCUGCAGGUGUGCGCCAUGCCCGUGCAGACGACGUUGGACGAGGAUGACGAUCCGGAAUCAGCGCUGGCGAAGCGUGACGAGCAGCUCAUGGAGUCUGUACGUCGCGGGCUUCGCAAGGGAUAUAAUCGCAGCGGAGACGAGCGAUACGACAUGAUCUCGGCACUCCACAAGUGUAUCCGUGGGAGCGACGGAUCAGCUGCGAUGUACUGGCUAGCUCGGAUGCUGGAAGGUGGAGAAGAUCCGCUGUACAUCGCACGGCGACUUGUCGUCGUUUCGUCUGAGGACGUAGGGUUGGCGAACAACGAAGCUCUACCACUCGCUAUCGCCACAUAUCAAGCGUGCCAGUUCAUUGGUAUGCCAGAGUGCCGCAUCAACCUGGCGCAUCUGGUCGCAUACCUCAGCGAGAGUCCCAAAUCGACUCGCUCUUACACGGCCUACAACCGCGCUGCACAGCUGGCUCAUCAAGCUCCACUUCCUCCCGUCCCACUCCAAGUCUGCAACGCCCCGACCAAGACCAUGAAACAGCUGGGCUACGGUCGCGGCUACACGUACAACCCAGGCUAUGCACACCCCGUUACGAACGACUACCUCCCACGUGACCUGCAGAAGAACUCGUCACUCCUACCGGUGCCAGCGACGCAGAGCAUCCUGCGAACGGCCUUGGUUGAGGAGGACGAUAAGAUGUGGGACGAGGGCAAACUGAAAGAGUGGGAGGACGACUGCAACGGCGGCGCGCCGUGGCCUGGGCGUGCAGUGAGGGACGCGAGACUCAUGCGCGGCGAGGCCGUCCACCGGAAUUCCCAGCAGAGCGGUGAUGAUACGCUUCUGGCACACGGAACAGAUAGUCAGCCCGAAGGCAGGCAACAAGUGGAGUGGAGCCGGUAG